GCAGCGCUGAGAGGAAUCUUUGUGCUUCUGUCACUGGGGGUUCGCUCCUAUCGAGAAUUUGCUUAUGUCGGAGGAGAGCAGACCAGUCUUUGGAGAGGACUUCCUUGAAUGCUCAGUAGAAUCCUGGCAAUCUGUGUCUGGUAACAUUGUCAGCAUCUCUCAACUACUCUCCUGACUGAUGCUAAUCCUUCAAGAUUAUGGGAUCUGUCUUCAGCACUCCAGGAGAAUUACUGUUCCUUUUGGUUCAAUCAGCUGAGAUAUUCCAGAUGCUUUCAGUGAUGCUGGAAGAUGACAACUAUUGCUGGAUGACCUCUAAGGAUGCUUCAGGUGAAGCUUAUAGUAACUGGAGAUGACUUUGGCUAUUGUCCUCGGAGAAACCAAGGCAUCGUGGACUGUUUCCUGGCUGGUGCGAUAUCUAACGUGUCCCUUCUAGUCAACGGAAGUGCUGCAGCAGAUGCAGCCAAGCUGGCAAGGAGAUACAACAUCCCAAUAGGCCUCCAUGCCAACCUCUCCGAGGGCUCUCCUGUAUGUGAGGUGCUCAAGACAAACUCUUCUCUGCUCAACCAACAUGGAUUCUUCCAUGGGAAAAUGGGAUUCAGAACAGCUCUAUCAAAAGGUCUCCUGAAGAUGUCAGAGGUGAAGCAGGAGCUAAAGGCCCAGGUGGAGCUGUUCCAUGACCUGACAGGUCACCUACCUCCUCACAUGGAUGGGCACCAGCACGUUCAUGUCCUCCCAGAAGUCAGGCAUGUAUUUGCAGAGGUGUUAGAGGAAUAUGGGAUUAAAUACACACGUGUCCCCAUAGAGCCAGGCCUUCAUAACUGUGAGUGGAUUCCACCAUCCCUGAUGGACUUUUAUCUGGGAGUAGAGGAAGAUUCUUUUAACACGGUGGAUGUGUUUACAAAGCAUGGAAUAAGGUGGCCAGACAUCUACAUAGGCUUGAGCACCAUGGGCAGAAACAUGUCUGUCAGUAACAUCUGGAGUGCCAUCGACGCUGCCAUCAGGGACUUCACAUCCAAGGCCACAACUGCUCCAACACCACAGAGCAGGACAGUGACAAUUGAACUGAUGGUGCACCCAGGGUACCCCAGUGUCCCACCUGUUGGGGGCUGUGGGGAAGGACCAGAUGAUUUCUCACAGUCCUGGGAGCGCCUCCAUGAACUCCAGACAUUAAUUAAGCCAGAGCUGCAGAGCCAUUACAAAACCAGGAACGUUCAGCUUUGUUCAUUCAAAGAUCUUUAAGUAAACAAGCAUGUACACAUCAGUUAUUCAUAUCCUGAAGCCAGGCAGUGCUAACGUCCUGAGAAGGCAGCUCACCACUAUCCUGGUACCACUGACAGGAGCUGGGAACAGCAUUAGGAUGUUCACAGAAAAACAGCACCCUGUGAGCAGCUACAGGCAGUACCUGAGCCCUCACUGGCACUUUUUAGGCCACAGCAUCUGCUCCAAAUGAGACAAACCUGUUGUGUGUCACCUACUUGUGCACCAUUGUUGUGGCAGCCAAGGGCCUGCCCUGCUCCCAGGGCUCAGGGUCUGCCAACACCAUGGUGAGCAGCACCAGGACAGGCCUUGCUGCCAUGCUGAGCAGCACACCAGCACCCUCAGGGUUCUGAGCAUUUCUCUUUUUUGGACUUCACUGCAAAAAAAGAAAAAAAGAAAGAUGCUGUGGAGCAAAUGCAUGGUGUAGGUUGCUCACAGGAAGCUUGGAAACCUUCAGGUUUUCUUAAAGCAGCCACUUGUGGUCCCUUUCUGCCCCCCCCUUCCCCAGCCCAUUGACAGCAAGGGGCACAGGGCCUCAUCACUUCGGUGUUUCUCUGGUCAGAACAGUCGGAUCACAGGUCCAGCCUGGUGGUAUCUGCAGCCAUACUCCAUGUACAGCUUCAGCCAGCAGUAAUCACAGCUUUUCCUAUUUACAUUGCCUCACCCUUCCAGAGCCUUUUCUUUCCUUUUUUUUUUUUUUUUUUUUUUUUUUUUUUUUUUUUUUUUUUUGUGGGGAUGACUUUACAAGAACAGCAACUGUUGAUCCAUCUGCUAUUUCAGUAACUGCACACGAGAGCACAUCAGCAACUGUUCCCACACUGCCUCUCACCAACAGUGUGUGGGAUGGCUGUGCACCACCUACCAGCAAGUUUUAAAGUGACAAUGCUCCUUGUGUGUGUCCAGUGUGACCUCUGCCAUCAGAGCACCUGAACUUCAACAAGCCCUGGCAAUAUCCAGGUGUUCAGCUGUGUACCUAACCAUGGCUCUGGCACUCACACAUAAAUAUCACAUGGGAAAAAAAAUACUUGUGGUUGUCUAUGCUCAUUUUCUGCACAAAGGUGAUCUAUUGAAUGGAAUCCUAUUUCUUGACCAUUUUUUUAAACACUAAGAAUGUAAUUGUGAUAAUCAUCCAUUUAACUGAAAAAUAAUCUCAGGCCUUUUUCAACUGUAAAUGCUUCAUCAGGCUUUUGGGUUUAGCUACAACUGGAGAGCAAACUACACCCACUCACCUCUCUCUCUGCUCCUGCUGCCACUGCCUGCACAGCACUGAAAGGACGUCCCUCUUGUGAAUGGGAACCAGCAGACCUUCCCUACAAAACAUCUGAGAAAGGUUUUGCUCUGUACAAAUAUGAUAUAACACCAUGAAGGAUGCUUUAGGUAAUAUUUUUCCAGGUUAUUUCCUAAAUUAUUGUCACAGAUUUAAUUUGAUAUAUGAGAAGUUUGUUUUUAGGAAUCCACCUGCUGUGCUGUGCCUGUGCUCGGCAUGCAGCAGGCUCAGGUGAGAGCAGCGUUUACCUUCUGGAAUGUCUCGGCUGCUGAAGCUCGUCCCGCCGCUGGUGACAGCAGAGUUCCUGACACUUGGCAACAGAGAAUUAAAAAAAAAAAAACCGCAAAAGAUACUGGACCUGCGGAAGCAGCUGCAAGUUCCAGAGCGGAGUUAGACCCGUGAGUGCCAUCUAGUGACUGAUGAGACUUUAUCCACACACAGGGAUAAGCCUGACAGCAGCAACACUGCUCAGCUUUUUGUUAACGGGACUGUAUUUCGAUGGAGAUUUUUCACCUUUUAACAUUUAAUUGCUCCAUAUGUGGGCUCUGAUCACAAUCCUCUGGACGUUACAUCUGUUGCAUGCAUCUUCUGCUAGCUGACAGCAAUCUUACCUGAGCUCUGUGUUUUGAAUUAAAAAAAAUAAUUUUACAACUUCUAUAUUUUUAAACAGCAUUACAACCUAAACUUUCUCAAUUCAAGAGAGUUUUAAAUGGAGAAAUAAAUAAACAACUACUAAAAGACUUGUCAAUAAGGAACCUUUCAAUUGUGUAAACCAUCUGGAGAUCAGAAAUCUCUCAGUGGUCCUGUGAAAGCUUUAGAGAACACUGAGUUCAAGUUAAAAACAUAUUCAGAGCACUACAGAUAAAUGUCAUUGUACCAGGAUACAUAAGAAAAGAAGCCUAAGCCCC